UUAUUGUUUGGUUUUGUUUGGGGCUGUUUUUGGGGGAAAAAGCGCGCAACGUGGACGUGGAAUUGAAUAGAUCGGCACCGAGCAUAGCUCACCUGUGCUCCCCCCCUCGCCACGAAGAGCAUAAAGAAACACCUGUGCCCCCGCCCCCGCCGUCCACACCCACCGACGCGCCAUCAUCAAGUGCUUUUCGUUUUAGUUCUUGCGAGGGUUUUUUCAAGACAGCAUCUGCUUGAUCUCAAUGUGGUGAUCUGGCAAAUACGACAGCACACUGAUACACGCAUAGAUAGAAUAAAAUAGAAUAUAGUAUAUAGUCUAGUAUAUAGUAGAUUGAAUAUAGAGAAAUCGGGCGAUCCAUGAGCGAGGCCAAGAUGAACGGACGCUCCAUUCGCAUCAACCGGCUGCCGGCCACCAUUGUGGCCAUCCUGCUGACCAUUGUCCUGGUCUACUUCCUCAAUUUCCACCAGGAGGAGCGGCCGGCGAUCUACGGCAUGCUGCGCAGUGACAAUCCCAGCCGCGUCAAUCUACGCAAGAUGCUUAUAGCCGCCAUACAGGCCGCCCAGCGUGGCGGACUCGAGGUACUGGACGUGGCCCGAAGUCGCCAGCUGAAGGAGCGCAGCAAGGGCAAGACGGACGAGGGCGUCAAUGAUCCGUUCACGGAUGCCGACGGCCGGUCACAUUGUGUGAUGAAGCAGGGCCUACAGCGAAUCUUUCCCCGCGUACAAAUCUUCUCCGAGGAGGACAAGGAGCACUGCAAGCAGGCGCACGGCUAUGAUCUGGAUCCAACGGUCCUCCACGAGACCGCACAGAUACCGGAUGUGACCGUAAAUGCCCAGGAUGUCACUGUUUGGGUAGAUCCGCUGGAUGCCACCAAGGAGUUCACCGAGGAGCUAUACGAGUACGUGACCACCAUGGUGUGCGUGGCGGUGGCCGGAAGACCCAUCAUCGGCGUGAUCCACAGCCCGUUCAAUGGACAAACCGCGUGGGCGUGGGUGGGCAACUCGAUGUCCGAGUACCUGUCCAAUCUACAUCCACAGCAUUCGCCAAACAAUCAGGCGCCCAUCAUCACAGUCUCGCGAUCCCACACGGCGGGUGCCAUGGAUCUGGCGAGAGGCAUCUUUGGCGAGAAUGUCAGCCUGCUGACGGCGGCGGGAGCUGGCUAUAAGGUGCUCCAGGUGGUGGCCAACAAUGCCACCGCCUAUCUGCACACGUCGAAGAUCAAGAAGUGGGACAUAUGCGCCGGCGAUGCCAUUCUGCACGCACUGGGCGGCACAAUGACCUCGCUGAAUGAUCAGUUGAUUAACUACGGACCAGAGGAAUCGCCAGUCAAUACGGAGGGUCUGCUGGCCACCUUGGAGCAGCACGACGAGUACAUGGACAAGCUGUCUAAAUAUCGCGAAGCACACAAUGGCAAGCUGGCGUAGAAGCUGGCCACCUCUUGGAACCAUAGCUCCUCUAGAUUCUAACCCUUCCCGAGGAAAUCCCCUCGCCUAGAUCGUUUAGGCAGCAUUCAAAAAUAGCUCUAAGUUUAAAGAAGGAAACCUGUUUUUCGUAAUCUCAAUGUUUGUUUGUGCGUGUGCUUCUUUUUUUUUGCAUAAUUACGUUGGUUGUGCGGCGGCGCGGCGGGGUCAUGAACCCGGACCAAACCAAACCGCCCAGUUGGCUCAAAAUAAACUUAUUUUAAACU